CGUUAAUCAAAAAUGUCUACGGUUCGAUUCGUUAGCGCGCUGUUAUUCAUAUCGGCUGCGUCUUCGGUAGUCAUUAAACAACGGGCCCGACAAAUCAUCGAUACCUGCGCCGUAUCGGCAGGAAUUCCGAUCGGAAUCGGCCGCAGGAACCUGCUCGAGCCCCCUCGCACCCACGGAACCAAAAACUUCGUCCUGUGCAUCGUCAGCUCCUUGAAGAAAAUCAGCUACAACGGGUACAAAUUGUACGGGAGCGUCCAGGAAUGGACGAAAACCUUCGCCACUUACGCGAGGAUCGUGUCCAAGUACAUGGCUAUUUGCGAGCCGACAUUGAAUUAUCAAUAAACUCAUCC